CCCCACAUGCCACACUCGUCGUCGCCCUGGUGUAAACUAAUAUUAAUAAGACAAAUAUGGAAGUAGAAUUCAGCAAAGAGGACUUUCUGCUGCCAGAAACAAAGUAUGAAUAUUUGGACCACACCGCCGACGUGCAACUCCAUGCCUGGGGCACCACACUGACGGAGGCCUUCGAGCAGUGCGGCGUAGCAAUGUUCGGGUAUAUGACGGAACUGGAGUACGUGUCCGUGGAGAGCUGCUACGAGAUCGAGGCCAAGGGCGAUGACCUGGAGGGACUACUCUUUCACUUUCUCGACGAGCUGCUAUUCCUGUUCUCCGUUGAACCGAAUCUCGUGUGCAAAAAACUGGAAAUCACCAAAUUCGAUCUGGAUACCUUCGAGAUUGUCUGCCGCUGCUACGGCGAACCCUUCGAGCUGGGCAAACAUCCGCAGGGCACCGAGGUGAAGGCAAUCACCUACUCGGCCAUGCAAAUCGUACAGGAUGCGGAGCAGAGCAACUUUGAAGUGUUUGUUAUAAUUGAUAUUUGAGGAGAGACGACUGGCUGGCAGCGGAUCCCCGAUCCAGAGUGAUUUUACCUUUAGGUAUAUUAAAUGAAUUUUGACAUCAUGA